CUGCAAUUCAUUUCUGCCCCGCAUGCAACCUGCAAUUUGGUGUUUGUGUGCGCGAGACCAUGGCAAAUAACACAGACGGGGGAGAUUCCUUGCUUAUUUACAAUACAUCCGUGACUAUUCCAGAAUGAACUGUGCAGGAUGGGCGAGGGGGAAGCUGACGAAUGGUUUUUUACGGGGUGUGAAAUCAGAUGCUAAAAAUAUUUAAUGCGAUCUUGAGUAUUUUGUCCCUGGUGGUGGACAGGGAAAAUCUCGGCGUAUCUUGUCCGAGAGAUUUCCCUUCCAAGGACUGUCUUCUCCUAGCGACAGUAUCCAGACAUGGCCCUGGUUACUCUGCAGCGCUCUCCCACCCCCAGCGCAGCAUCCUCCGCCAGCACCGCCACCACCAACGCUGGGGAGGACGUUGGGAGUGACGAUGACCGAAAGGCCAACCAAAGCCUCAGCGAGAGCUUCUUCAUGGUGAAAGGAGCAGCUCUCUUCCUGCAGCAGGGCAGCAGUCCACAGGGCCCCAAGACCCUCACACACCACCAGCACGCAGGAGAUCUUCCUCAGCACCUUCAGAUCAUGAUCAACACGCUCCGCUCAGAGGACCGCAUCAAGCUGGCUGUCCGGUUAGAGAGCGGGUGGUCUGAGCGCGUGCGGUACAUGGUUGUGGUCUACACCAACGGUCGCCAGGAUACGGAAGAGAACCUGCUGCUGGGGAUGGACUUUACUGACAAGGACAGUAAAAGUUGCUCGAUCGGGAUGGUGCUGCCACUGUGGAGCGACACAAAGAUACAUCUAGAUGGAGAUGGGGGGUUCAGCGUGACUACGGCAGGAAGGGCACAUGUUUUCAAACCUGUGUCUGUGCAGGCCAUGUGGUCUGCUCUCCAGAUCCUCCACAAGGCGUGCGAGGUGUCCCGCAGGUACAACUACUUCCCCGGGGGCAUGGCGCUCACCUGGACGGGCUUCUACGAGAGCUGCGUCUCCUCGGAGCAGAGCUGCAUCAACGAGUGGAACACCAUGACUGACCUGGAGACCACCAGGCCAGACUCCCCCACCAUGUUCGUGGACCGACCCACGGAGAGAGAGAGGACCGAGGGUCAGAUCAGAGCCAAGCUGCGCAGCAUCAUGAUGUUCCAGGACCUGGAGAACGUCACGUCUAAGGAGAUCCGUACAGAGCUGGAGCACCACAUGAGCUGUAACCUGAAGGAGUUCAAGGAGUUCAUCGACAACGAGAUGCUGCUAAUCCUGGGCCAGAUGGACAAGGCCACGCUCAUCUUCGACCACCUCUACCUGGGCUCUGAGUGGAACGCGUCUAACUUGGAGGAGCUGCAAGACUGCGGGAUUGGUUAUAUCCUGAACGUGACCAGGGAGAUAGAUAACUUUUUUCCGGGGACGUUCUCCUACCACAACAUCCGUGUGUACGAUGAGGAGACCACGGACCUCCUGGCCCACUGGAACGACACCUACAACUUCAUCCUCAGAGCCAAGAGGAACCAGUCGAAGUGUCUGGUCCACUGUAAGAUGGGUGUGAGUCGCUCGGCGUCCACAGUGAUCGCCUACGCCAUGAAGGAGUAUGGCUGGUCGCUGGAGCGAGCGUACAACUUCGUCAAGCAGAAGAGGAGCGUGGCGCGGCCCAACGCCGGCUUCAUGAGGCAGCUGGCCGAGUACGAGGGCAUCCUGGACGCCAGCAAACAGCGGCACAACAAGCUGUGGAGGCCUGAAGGGGACGAGGAGGGGGGCGACGAGGCGUCCGGGCCCUGCUGCGGCCUGGAGGUCCCUGGAGAGGACCCCCCGGGGCUGCGAGCCUCUUCCCUAGAGGAGGAGGACGUCUGGGGGCGAGGCGUCUGCGGCGGCUCCCCCUGCCGGGGCCUGGAGGUGGAGCCCCUGGACCCGCUCAACUACAACUACUACUUCCGCCGCCUGUCGGACACGGCGCUGGACAGCGAGCCCUCGACACCCGUGCGCGGCCCGCCCCUGCUGGGCAUGGAGAGGGUGUUCAUCGAGAUCGAGGACGUGGAGCGCGACGCCCUCCUGGAGGACGAGGGGUUCCCCAUGGCCCAGCUGGCGCUGCCGGGCGAGGCGGCCGGCGCCCAGACCUGCGGGCGUCUGGAGCCGCUGGAGGAGACGCGCCUGCGGCUGGAGUUCAGCACGGUGGAGGAGGAGGACGAGGAGGAGGCGCAGAAGGAGGAGGCGGAGAUGGCCGCCCUGGCCCGGCCCGCCGGGGCGGAGGAGAGGCGGCGGGGGGGAGGGGAGGAGGGGGGAGAAGGGGAGGGGGACAGGAAGGAGGAGAGCCGGUUAGGCCUGGCCAACCUCAACACCAACAACAGUAACCGUCUGGCGGCCAAGCGCAGCUGCCCGGCUGCUUUUGACGACAGUGCUAGCACAGGAAACCCUUCCAAGGUGAAGCCGUCCUACCAGACGUGUACGGACUGCCUCCGCCUGCCCCAGAGCCGCCGCUGCGAGCGCCCCGCCGGAGGCCGCCCCCACCGCCUUAACCCCGCCCGCCUCUGCAGCAUCCCCACCAUCUCCAUCGACCCCCCAGGGACGCACUUCGCCCCCACGCCGACCCCUCUCUCCGCCCCGGCCCCCGCCCCUGCGCCGCCGGUGCCCCCCACCCUGGUGCAGCCCUGCGGGCGUCUGUGCUGCCCGGGCGCCCCCUGCGCCCUGCCGGCUCCGGUGGCGCGCCUGGAGGCCUACCGCCAGCGCCUGGUGUCGCCCAUGAGCUGCGAGGAGCUGCCCCGCGACCGCUGCUCGCUGGAGACGGAGGACAUGGACGAGCUGCAGGAGGAGGAGGAGGAGGAGGAGGAAGAGCCGGGCCGGGAGGCCGGCUGCGGAGCCGUGACGGAGCUCACCCUGCUGGAGCUGAGCCUGGAGGGGGAGAGGCCCGCCGCGGCCGCCCCAGGGGAGGGGGUCGCUUUCCAGCUUGCCCUGGAGGAGAUGCCCCCUGGUGGGGAGGCGGCGCUACAUCAGGAAGCCCUGGCCACGCUGCAGAGGACACGCCUUGGGGCGGGCAUGGUGAGGCAGAGAGCAGAGCAGCUGGAGAGGCUGGCCAGCCUGGCCGCGGAGGGGCAGCUCUCGGCUGGACCCCUGCCCGAGCAGAUGGACCUGGGGGUGGGGGUGUUGGAGGAUAUGGAGGUGGAGGAGGAUUUGGAGCUCCCCUCCGAGACCCGGACAUCUUCCGCAACCGUCUCGGCCCAGGAGCACCCCCCCACCCCGGUGACCUCCCCCCCGGGCGCCACCUUCACCCGGACACCUCUCUCCUCUCCCCACGGCUCCUCCAGCCUCACUCGCAGCUCCAGCAGCGACAGCCUCCACAGCCUCCGCGGGGGCCAGCCCGGCCUGGUCCGCCAGCGGGCCCUGGAGAUCGAGAGCCACAUGAGGCUGGCCGGCCUCACCAUGCCCUCCCGCCUCAAACGCUCCAGCUCCCUGGCCAAGCUGGGAGGCCUCACCUUCUCCACGGAGGAUCUCACCCUGUCCGCCAGCUCCAGCUUCCCCCCAGACCCCCCGCCGGCCCCCUCCCAGACUCCCGCCGACCCUCCCUCCACCCCAGGGGAGCCCUCCCCGCCCCCCGCCGCUGCCCCCUGGAGGUGACUGAAUGCUGGAACUGCCCCUCACACUCCCCGUCCCGCCCCCCAGAAGACUGACCCCCCAUCAGGUCUCCUCCAGAGAGAACCAGGCUGGAGUGGGGGGGGAGGGGGGGUCUACCAGGACGGUCCCCCUCCUAGCAGAGACACACCUGGACUAAAAACUCCUGGGGGUCAUGGGACGGUUGCCGGGAGGAUGGAGCAGAAUGUGACAACUCCAACUUCCUGUUUCCUGUAUGUGAAUUGAGCCGACUGGUGGAGAUCAGUGAAUGUGGAGCAGUGAGCGCACGUUUCCCAUUCAUUCAAUCACACGGCCCUCCGUGGGAUUCGAGACUGUUGAUCGAUUAUCGGAUAGGAAAUCCUCUCUGGAUCCAUCGUGUCCCUGACUGCUUGCAGGUCUGACCCCUGGGUGACCCCUGGGUGACCCCUGAGCCUCUGUGUGUGUGUGUGUGUGCCUCAACCACAGGCACCUCUGACAGUUUCAGUCCAAAGACCUGUUUUGUUGACAUGUCCCCUCAGUGUCUGGGCCUGCUUGACCUCCUCCAUCGAGGUACUUAACGUAAUCACAUCUUCAAGUGGUCAGUUUAGUCUUUACAUUCGUGUUACACAACUCAUCCCCUUGUCACACACGCAGCACGCAUGUUAUGGAUGUUUGGAAGAGGGACAGAGAAGGGAUGUUCUAAAACGAUAUCCUCUCGUUUACUUUAUUUGAAUUAAAACUUUAUAUAUUUUUUUCAUAUCCUUGAAAAAUGGUUUGGGUCAUGUGCACAGACAGCUAGCUAGGGAGCGCGCUAGCUCUACUUUAGCCUCAGCUGGACUCACAAGCACUUAAUGCUGUGUGUUGGGAAACAGAGAGUAAGAAUGGCUUCCGUCUCUAGUUUAUAAUCCUCGAGGUUCUUUCAGAGUUGCUGUGAGUUGUGUCUCUAGACUGGCCCACUGCUAGGCCUCAUGGAAACUACUAAUUGAAGCCAAACUCCUCGACCAGGACUCACGACUCCCAUCUCAACGAAUAUUCGACAGAUCCUGACUCCCACUGAAGCCUUUGCUGAACGAUAGGAUUUAUUUUAUUGGUGCACUCCUACAGCGUAGCUCAACUACGACCCGCCCCCUCCCAGGGUAUGAGCCAAUCACGUCAGACUUCCUGCUGUAAUGUGUUGCCAAAGUUGCCAUGUGUGCUGAGGCCAGGCCGCCUUGAACAACUUGUCCUGCGGUUGUUCGCCAGAUUUAUUUGCUUAGUCACAUGAGUUGCAGAACACAGCUUUCGAGCAAAGCACACACCUCAGCACACAGCGAAAUUUGUGUUAAAUUAACACCAUAAGAGACCAAGGAGAGGAGGAGGCGGAACUAACACUACUUAUGGGGUACAUCGUCUCCACUCUGCCCACCUGUACUGCAUCUGAGCAAAGCCUGUUUUUCUUGACACUGUGUUGUGGAUAAAGUGGGUGAGAGGAACAGAGGAUUAAUGUGAUUAGGCUCAAGCUGUUUGGGGCAGAGAGGAGACCAAGCUCUCUCUCUCACUCCCUUACUCCCUCACUCCCUCACUCUCUGACUCGUGGCGUGGGCGGGACUGAGACCGGAGUCAGACGAAGACGUCGAGACGCGGAUGGAAACUCCCGGAAGAAAAGCGCUUGUUUACCUGCGUGUUGCUCUGUGAAACCGUAGGCGUGACCGGAGAUUUGAUGUUAUGUUUACAGCCGAAACGCUAACACCCAAGCUUAAGGCGGCCGUGACAGCCUCGUGAACCCUAACCCCUCCAUCUCCAACGCCCUUCGAACGACGCUUCCCAAAUUCAUUCUCGUCCCUUUUUUUAUUUUAUUUAUCAGUUGCGUUAUUUAUAUUUUUACGUGUUCUUAUUCUACAAUACGGCACCUGAUGCACAUCAGGCGGUCGAAUCACUCAGUGCCAGCUUGAACGUUGAUUGAUCCCAGGGUGUUUUUGUUUCGAAACUUUUUGUUUUGUUCUAAUUUGCUGCACUGUGCACGUUCACUGUGCAAGGAUGAAGUUGACCUGGCUGGUGCGUGUGCGGGCACACGCGUGACAGAGCUAGAACGGUUGUGAGCGACGUGGGAUGAUGUGGACACUGGUACGGAUGCAAAGAACUGAGAUAUAUCUUUAGCCAUUCAGAAAACUCAACAUGUCACCGAUGCAUAUUCUAUAAUACAGUAGGUGAGACUGGACUGAUUAAGUAAUAAUUCAUAUUUUGGCUUUGUAUUGGUUGUGGAAAACUGCUUCUAAAGCUGGUUGUUUUUUUUCUUGACUGGUAUAUAACCCCCUCUCUCCUCCAAACCCAGACUCUUAGAUCAGUCACCAUACUGGCUUUAUUUAGUGUUAGCACUUCAUUUGCCCCUCGCUGUCACGUGACCCUCGCGGGGCUGUGAGGGGCAGGAUGUAACCACGGACGCACAGGUUUACAGCACAACAGCCUCCAUCCCCGAAGCAUCACUGGGCCGACUCCAGACCCAGGACUCCGACCUUCAGCGUUGUCGUGACAACACAGGCUGGGUCUCUCGUCGGCCGAACCCGACGCGUCGUGCUCGCGACGGUGGAAGACAAAAAGACCACCGGAAGGAAGGUUCCAGAACCUUCAGCGUCUCCCAUCGCCAUCGGCAACGUCGUCGUCCGACCCUCCGAUACGACGCAAUACGUUUCAGUUUUUUGCAUAACAUGUUUUGGAUUUGUGUUGUGUUUAUGCAUAAGUGCCUUAACUCCCCUGGCCUUGGGUCUGGUCCUUUACAGACACACUGGAAAACGAGUAAAGCCAAGGACUUCCCCUCUUAUGCCACACAUCAACACAUCUGUCCCUGAAGAGCAUGGCCAUGAAGCCCUUAAGCCCAGUACAUCCACGUAGACAUAUGCAUAAAUAGACAAGACUCUCAAACACCAUAAGCUCUCACCCGCACACAUAAUUGACAGCCAUUAGUUUCUAGAAUAGUGUAUGUUUAUCUCGAUCGAACAGAGGUGCAUGUGGACUACCAGUUUAUGAACUCUCAAACAUCAAACCGACAAUCCUACAGGACAUUGUUCCUUAUAGAGAGAGAGAAAGGAAUAGAGAAAAUUACAGACAUUAAGACAAAGAAAGAGGAUAGACAUAGUCGUUUCAGGAGUCCCAGUUGCCAUUGUUAAGUGUCUCCAACGGUGAGGAGCUUUGUGAGAUGUUUUGCAAACAUGGCGUGUAUGAAUGCUGAUCCUCCCAACACAAUCACAUAAGGAGGAAAUGUUUUGUUACAUUGGUUGUUUUUGAUAACAUUCUUUUAUUUCAGGGGUGCAGGGGGUUAAGUAUUGUUUGCACUGUACUGUACAUUUACAAUGUUAAUGUGGAAAGCACUUUUCUUUUCUUUUUUUAUUGCAUUUUGUCAAAAUGAUGUUGAGUCGAUGUGUAUCAUGUAAGUAAAGCAUUACUUGUCUGCAUAAUGUA